AAACAACUCAAAUCAUAAAAAGUUGGAUCAAACUAGACGAUUCAAAGACUGCAGAUAUGAUGAAGUUGAUUCUGGUACUCAGUGCUAUAUUGGGAUGUGUCCUUGUUAGCGGUUAUACAACAGAACAACCAAACAACAACCCUACAAGAGGACGAGGCCAACAAGGACGACAGCCCCUUCCGCCUUGUCUGAGAGGCAAUGCCUUUACACCCAUGUCCGGAUUGCCCCGAAUGCUAAAGACCUGUGUUGGUUUAAUAAUAAAGAAUGAUGAAUUUAGAAGUUACUUGGAUCUGGAUGUUUGCCAGUUCGUUAAGAACUCUGUUGGUAUGGGUAUGUCUUGUAUAAUCAAAGAGUUUAGGAAGGAAACGGGCUGCCCUGUGAAGGUCGUGGAGGAACUUAUGGGGUUGUAUGAGAACAACAAUAUGGCCAUGCAGGUUGUGGAAUACAUGUUCUGCGAUGGACCCAACCCAUUUCAAGGACCACCACCGAGAAACAAUGCCUCGCAAUAAAGUGGAAAAGCGGCCCCAUUUUACGAAGAGAUGAAUAUCAAAAAUGUUAUUUGAAUCAUCCAAUCGAAAUUUAAAAUGUACCACUAUUUGUGAAACUAUACAUACAAAACUAUAGAUUGAAAGAUAUGACCUCCGAAAAAGUUCUCAAGGAAAACACUUAUCGUACCUCGCAAGAUGAGUUAAAAUGCUUCUCUCAAAGCAGUAAUAAAUAAAUAACCACAGUAUGUAUGCAGUUGAUCUGGGACAAA